CAUACACACACACACACAAGAAUCCUUUAAGCUGGCUACCAGCAGAUGUGAGAUCUCUACAAAUCCUACCUACCUAGAAGAAAGGGAAGAGCCAGUAUCUGAUAAGAGAUCUGACUGACACAUAGGGGGGUGGGAGAGAAGCAGAAGCAAGAAGAAGAAGAAGAAGAAGAAGAAGAAGAAGAAGAAGAAGAAGAAGAAGAAGAAGAAGGUCACAGAAAAGCUCAGAAAAGUCAGAAGAGCAGAGGGUGGGGGAGCAUUCUGAAGUGACACGCCAAAGAAGAAGCUGGAAGAAAGAAAAAAAAUAAGUUGAUUUUGGCAGAGCAAGAAGGACAGAGCCUACUUAUUUUAUUUUGAGUUUCUGAGAACUACCUACCACCAGUAGACUAGAAAGUGGCAGUCAACGGAUCAAAGGAUUUAGGGACUCUGAGAAAGAAUAGCUCACAGAGAAAAUUAAAUCGGGGAAAACCCUGGAGAGGAACCUGACGAGUUUAGCAUUUCUAGUGCUAUCAGGAUGCUACUUCAGUGUCUUUUCCUGCUAAUGAUCCAGCAUGCCCCCACAGUAUAUCCACAGAAAUUCUCAGCACUCACGUUUUUACGAGUUGACCAAGAUAAGGAAUGCAAUGUUGAGUGCACAGGCUCACCACAGAAGACACUGUGCGCCUCGGAUGGAAGGACAUUCAUGACUCGGUGUGAAUUUCAAAGAGCCAAGUGCAGAGACCCUCAGCUAGAGAUAGCAUACAGAGGCAGCUGCAAAGAGGUUUCCAGAUGUGUGGCAGAGAGGAAGUACACCCAACAGCAGGCAAGGAAAGUCUUCCCACAAGUGUUCGUCCCCGAGUGCAAUGAAGAUGGCACAUACAGUCAGGUUCAGUGCCACAGUUACACUGGUUACUGCUGGUGCGUCACUCCCAAUGGAAGACCCAUCAGCGGCACAGCAGUAGCCAAUAAAACACCUCGAUGCCCAGGGGCAAUACCUGAAAAGUUACCCCGCAGAGAAGCUGGAAAAACAGUCUCUUUGCAAAUCUUUUCCAUUCUGAAUUCAGAUGAUUCAACCGCUGCGGCACUGGAUCCACAACCACAGGGGGAUGAAGAAGACAUAACCUCUCAUUACCCAUCACUGUGGACUGAACGAGUCAGAAGCAGACAAACAAAUAGAACUAAGAAUCCAGCUUCCUCGUGUGAUCAGGAACACCAGUCGGCUCAGGAGGAUGCACGGCAGCACAAGAACGAGGCCAUCUUCAUUCCAGAAUGUGCCAACGGUGGCCUGUACAAGCCGGUGCAGUGCCACCCCUCCACUGGCUACUGCUGGUGCGUGCUGGUAGACACGGGGCGCCCCAUCCCUGGCACAUCCACAAGAUACGAACAACCAAAAUGUGAUGGGAAUGCAAGAGCGAAUCCUACAAAACCAAAAGAUCAUUACAAAAGCCGACAUCUUCAAGGCUGCCCAGGGGAAAAAAAGAACGAGUUUCUUACUAGCGUCUUGGAUGCUCUGUCAACAGACAUGGUGCACGCAGUCUCUGAUCCAUCUUCAGCAAGCAGAAUAACUUUGAACUCCAGGAUCUCAGAGCCAGACCCUAACCACACGUUGGAAGAGCGAGUGGUCUACUGGUACUUCAACCAGCUGGACAAGAACUCCAGCGGGGAUAUCGGCAAGAAAGAGAUCAAGCCCUUCAAACGAUUCCUGCGCAAGAAAUCCAAACCCAAGAAAUGUGUGAAAAAGUUUGUGGAGUACUGCGACGUGAACAACGACAAAGCACUGUCGGUGCAGGAGCUCAUGGGGUGCCUAGGAGUGACUAAAGAAGAAGAAAGAAACCCAUAGACCUUCAAAAUGGAACUUAGCCCACCAAAUCACUAAAAAAGCGCCUAAAAACACUGGGGAAAGCACUUCAUCAAACAAAC